GCCCGAUCCCGACAAUAUUAGAACCAUGGCUCUCCAUCUUUUUGCAUGAAGCCUGAUCUCAAAACAACACCUGUCAAGCGCACUCUCUCGCGCGUGUUCAGUACCGCGGUUCGAUUGUGAGACUGCCGGUACGCGUGGACGACGAGCUGCUGCGAACGACAAGUACGCGGACUCCAGGCGGCUUGAUCAAGGAACUUUGACAUCAUCCGCCGAAUUCCCACACAAAUUCAUUUCACUGCGUCCUCUCGGGCAUACACGCUUCCGUGCUUCGAACUCGUCGUCAUGGCUGCUCUCGCUGUUAGUCCUCCGCCGACUGGCACUCACAUUGUUGCGACAUUGUUCUAUUCAACCACUCUACCUCCUGAGGCUCGCAUCCAUCCCGAUUCUACUCAUCACAAUCCCCAUGACAUCAUCCCGACCGCCUCUCUGACCUCCCUGACUCAUGGCUCCGUACCAACUGAGAACAUUGAUAAUUACCCCCUUGAGCCACCGACACCUGGCCCGAAUCCCCUUGAUCACCUUUAUGGUUCAUACAUAUCUCGGGGAUGUCUGACGAGCUUCCGGCAAGCUUUAGCCAAGGUCAUUCCAAACUUCCACGAUAAGAGCGUACUAGAGAAGGCAUUGGAUAAUCCGUCAUGGCCAAGGGUGAUGGAAGUCACGUUCUUCAUUCCCACCGGAUCACAGAUUACGGUCGAGAGCCUGCGGAGGAACGAGACAAUCUCCCGCUAUGAGCGAGAAUGGAGCAUCGAGACAGUCUUUCAAGUCAAUGACGUGUGGAGGAGGUACAAGAGACUGGCAGUAUUCGACAUGGACUCCACCUUGAUCCAACAAGAAGUCAUCGACGAAAUUGCGCGCGAGAUAGGCGUGGUCAAGGAGGUCAGUGCCAUCACUGCUGCAGCAAUGAACGGAGAGCUAGACUUUGAGGAAUCCCUUCGUAGGCGCUGUGCGUUACUGAAGGGAGUGCCGAGCACGGUGUGGGAGACGCUGAAAACGCGUAUCACUCUCAAUACCGGUGCAGCUGAUCUCGUUAGAAGUCUCAAAAAGCUGGGUUUCAAGACCGCAGUCCUCAGCGGCGGUUUCACCCCCUUGGCGGGCUGGCUUGCCGGGGAGCUUGGCCUUGACUACUUCCACGCCAAUCACCUGGUCGUCAGUGCAGAUGGCGCGACGUUGACAGGAGAGGUCACUGGCGAGAUCGUGCAUGCCGAGCGGAAACGCUUACAUGUAUUAGACAUUGCGGCGAAAGAAGGCGUCUCCCUACAGCAGGUGAUUGCUGUUGGUGAUGGUGCAAAUGACUUGCCCAUGAUGGGUGUUGCUGGUAUAGGUGUCGCCUUCCACGCAAAGCCGAGAGUACAGAUGGAGGCUCCCGCAAGGUUGAACACGUCGACGCUGACUGACGUACUGUAUUUGUUCGGUCUCACAAAAGAGGAGCAAGAAGAGCUCUUGAGGUGAGCAAUACUGGACCAGUGCAGGAUCCACUGUCCAUCUGUAUGGAAUAGCCUACCGAAGAGAAAUAUACCCAUUAUUAGUUCA